GAGGCUAGUCUAGUCUUCAUCCCAAUUCGAAAGUCACUUCAACCAUCUUCAAGGCCGUAACCUGCAGGACCAGGUGUUUACGUUCGAGGACAUUCCACCACCACCGACAUGCUUAUCAACGCAACCAAGAAGGCGAAGACCAUGCAUGCCAGGCGGAAUCCAAACCUGACGGUAUCGUCUGCCGCCUACUCACAGCUCAGUCCGUCCAUCACAUCGGCUACGUUUCUCUCCCCCACUGUGGCCUCCCGACGCAACUUGCUGUCACCAUCUCCGCCUCCAUCCCCAAAUCUCCCCUCGCUCAUUCCUCGCCAUGGAAAGAAGCCGGCUUCAUCGACCCAUACCAAGCUGGUCAAACGAAUCCUCGUUGGCGGCAUUGGUAUCACGAUCCUACUCUGGUUGGUCAUUCGCCACAUCUACGGCCAGGCCCAGCAGACCGCCAGCUACGACAACGACUCGAACGGAGAGUGGGAAAUGGUCGGUGGCAACCGUCUCCCCGAUGAGCCUUCCGCCCUCGUAGUCCAGGACAGCAGGGGGAAACCGAAAUGGACGGUUUCCAUCCCAUCUACGCAUGACUUCCCACUGCGACCCGAGCAGUACAGCAACAUCUGCCACCAGUCCAUGGAACUGUCGAAGCAGUUGCGCGAGGAGGCAAAAGCAACAAACAACAUCGCCAAGCGAAUGCUCAACUACUAUCAGAAAGACCAGUAUUACAUUGACAUCCAGGAAGCCGAAGCCCAGUCGAUCCUCCCGCCAUCAAAGGCUAGCAGUCGACCGAAAGGUUUCGUCGCCGACGAAUCGAUUGCCGCUGGCGGAAGCCCCGCCGCUGAGAUGAAGGUUUGUGACAGAACCUUGACGUAUGUCAUGGAGACGAACGAUGCCGGCUUCGGUAGCACGCUGCUGCGCAUGUGGAUGUCCUAUGGCCUGGCCGUGAAGGAGAACCGGACGUUCUUCGUCGACGACACUCGAUGGCCCUAUGGCAAGUACUCCACCUACUUCACUCCUCCACCCUCUGCGGGAUGUCUCCCCCCUCCAACUUCCCACAUGGUACCCUGCCCUCACACCGCGCGCCACAUCGUUGUGUCCGGCGCCACCGUCAAGAGCACGUUCGGCCACGCCUUUACCGAAGAAUUCGAGGACGCCACCAAGAUGCGCAUCCAGCGCGAGCGCAAGAUCUUCGGCCUCCUCCGCACCGGCUACGAAGCACUCUUCAAGCUCCGCGCCGACGAUGCAAAGUACGUCGACGAGCGCGCUGCGUCACUGUACGGACACGUCACCAAGGAAGGCGGCGUCUCGAUCGGCAUGCACGUCCGGCACGGCGACAAGCACCCGUACCAAUUCCAGUACUCCAAGGACUACAUCCCACUGGACCGCUACGUCGACACGGCCCGCGACAUCUACAUCGACCUCGUCGAGAACGCGGGCGGCAAGAAAUCGAAGCGCUCCGCCCUCAAGGACCUCGAGGCCCGCCACAGCGCCGCGCGGAUCGUCCUCGCGUCGGACGACCCGACCGUGUACGACACGCAGGAGCUGGGGCCAGGCGUCGUGCGGGCCCAAGACCGCAUCAUCCUGGCGACCAAAGCGGCGCUCGAGGCAGCACAAGGCCGCAAGAAUCCCUGGAUCGACGAGAUCACGGGCUGGGAGGGCGGGUUCUACCGCGACGUCUUCUUCAGCCUCGGGCAGCCCGUCGGGAACGCGCACGACAUCAACAAGCUCGACAACACGGACAAGGUGCCCGAGUCUGCGAUGAACCUCCGCGAGCUCGUCGGCCGCGCCUACCUGAUGGAUCUUGCGAUGCUGGGGAGGGCAGAUACGGUCGUGUGUACGGUUUCCAGCGCGGGAUGUCGGAUUUUGGCGGUCAUGCUGGGCUGGGAUAAGUCGUUCGAGAAGGGGUAUUGGAGGAACGUGGAUGGCUCUUUCGACUGGAAGGGGAUUGUCUGGUAGGGAGGCUCUUCGAAUGGCUUUGUCGACCAUCAAUCUAAUCAUCAUUCAUUCACACACACACACACAAAACAUACACAACAUUCCUUGCAUCAUCAUCUCCUUAUCUCCUCAAUUUCUCCCCCCAACCUUUUUCUUCUUCUUCGACACUAUACUUUCUACAAAACAAAGAUGCAUACCUGGCGUUUUGCCCGGCG